AUGGCUGAUGUCAUCCAGAACAGCUCCUUUAAUCAGAGCUCAGAAUAUGGAAAUGUCUACAGACCACAGACAGUGUUCAGCGUCUUGACGUUCACCCUGCUGGCCAUGCUUAUGGUGGCUACAUUUUUCUGGAACAUGCUCGUCCUAGUCACAAUUCUCAGAGUCAGAACGUUCCACCGCGUGCCCCACAAUCUGGUGGCCUCCAUGGCUAUAUCUGAUGUUAUGGUGGCUGCUUUGGUGAUGCCUCUCAGUCUAGUCCAUGAGCUGAACGGUCGUCGAUGGAAGUUGGGCCAAGUUCUCUGCCAAGUCUGGAUAUCCUUUGACGUCCUGUGCUGUACAGCCAGCAUUUGGAACGUGACCGCAAUAGCCCUCGACCGUUACUGGUCCAUAACUCGCCACCUGGAGUACACGCUGAAGACCCGAAAGAAGAUCUCCAAUGUGAUGAUCGGCUUGACCUGGCUGCUGUCGUCUGUUAUUUCCCUCUCCCCUCUGUUUGGCUGGGGUGAGACGUAUUCAGAGGAGGACAUGGAGUGCCAGGUGAGCCAGGAGCCGUAA